AAGAAUAUCUGGAGGAAUUAUACCAAUAAAAGAAGUGAAUAACAGAAGCUACCUUCAACUUCAAAAUAUAUUAGAGAAAAGAAUUAUAGAUAGUAAAGAGAAAGAAGCUAACCAAAUGGAAGACAAGUUGAAGAUAUCACGAAAGAAACUUCUAGAGAAAAUUUUAAGUAGAGAAUUAUUAGUAAUUAAUGAAGAAGAUAAAGAGGAAGAAAAGAGAAGCAUUGAAGAGUUAAGAGUCAAGUUACCUGCGAAAAAAUAUAGAGUAAAAUGGAAAAAGAAAAGGAAGAAUAUUAGCUUAGAAAUAAAUAGUAUAAUAUUUUUACGAAAGAAAGAGAGGUUGAAAAGGUCGAAAAUUCACACUGAAGGUCUCGAGUCAUUGUUUGUCCAGGUUGCUAUAU